AUGAAUUUGAUUACUGUUGUUAUAUCUGGACAUCUGGAUCCUUCUACUAUAAUAUCGCCACCUGUACUUGUCUCAUCUUCAUGCUCCACAGACAAGACUGUAGUAGUAGAUUUUUAUGCAGAAAUCGAAACAGCCACAUCAAGUCAUGUCAAUUCUGCUGCCCAUACUAAGGAAGUCUUUAAGUAUGAUAGCAACGGGGAAAUAUCUAUAGUAGCUGAUUCUGAUGCAGAGGUUGAAACAGCCGCAUCAAUUCAUGCCAAUGCUGCUCCCUGCACUAAAGAAACCAUUAAAUAUGAUAGCAAAGGGGAGAUAUCUAUUGGUCAGGCUACUAACGCAUCAGAGACUGGCCACAUGACACAUUUUAGACAAAUGAAUGAUGGUGUAACAACAAGACGAGACAAAGUUGAUGAAUUUGAAAGUGGAAAUCCAGAUGUUUUAUACAGUCAAGACUUAAUUGUGAGAGAUAUUAACUUGCUAACAUCAUUUUCUUCAACAAAAAAUAGAAUUAUAAAUUUCAAAUGCUUCAGAAAGGCAAGGACUCAAUCUGGGAAUAGCUUCAACAAUCUUAUUCCAUUUGCAAAGUACCCGUAUAAAGAAUCUGACAAUGGGAGUGAUGAAGUAAUGCAAUCUGUGAAAGAAGAAAAAAAGCGGAAGCAAAUGGAAGCAAUUGCAGAGGAUUUACUCAACAAUGAGAAGGGAAGAUGA